UCCGCCCGACUCCCAGACCGCGUCGCACCUCCGUCCCGCCACACCGGACCAGUUUCACAUCACUUUGAAGAGGACGAAGACGGGAUCCCCAAACAAAAAGCCCCAUUAAGGGUUAAAGUCGGAUGUUCCCUCAGUGUUGGCAUGGCUCAGUAACUAAGUUUCCUCUUUCACUGUCUGAGCCAAAGAGGAGGAGAGGAGCGCAACUUUCAGAGGACCCUUUCCUUGCGCAGGAGUAUCAGCGGGGGCAGCGCACGGGUUUUACCCCUGGAGGUCACAUCCCUUCUUUCUCUGUAGCACACGACUGCGGAGGUGGAUGGUAAUGGUCUAACUUUUGCGCUCCAGUCGAACCUGCGCGGCCGGUGAGAAAGAGAGAGAGAGAGAGAGGGAAAGAGGGAGAGAGAGAGAGAGAGAGAGAGAGGAGCCGUUUUAUGCUUUUGGAGAGGGGAUGCCAGCCUCUCCUCCAUCUCGGAUAGCAGAGCGGCUAUGAGGAGAGAGGUCUACCUGCUGGGCUAAACAAGACCACACCGCACCAACAGAAUGCGGGAACGGGGUCCUUGCAUUUGUGGAGUAGGUGUGUGGAGUCUACUGCUGUCCCUUUGUUUGGCUUCACUCACCCAUGCACACAGGAGCCACACAGUGCAUGUGAAGGCGGGGACAUGUGAGGUAAUUGCUGCUCAUCGCUGCUGUAACAAAAACAAGAUUGAGGAGAGAUCUCAGACUGUCAAAUGUUCCUGCUUCCCUGGACAAGUCGCCGGCACCACUCGGGCCAUGCCUUCCUGUGUUGAUGCCUCCAUUGUAGCCCAGAAGUGGUGGUGUCAAAUGCAGCCGUGUAUGGAAGGUGAGGAGUGUAAGGUUCUCCCUGACCUCACAGGAUGGAGCUGCAGCACAGGCAACAAAGUCAAGACCACAAAGGUGACCCGAUAGUCCUGCUCGUCUCAUGAAGAGAAGAGUAAAUGGUGGUGGAGGUUCUUACACAGCACAAUGGACCUAUCAGUAGUGAGGAAAUGCACUCCGGUGGACUUCUUUGUGGAUCUAGUAAUUGUUUCAUUUUUCUGAGGAUAUCUAAGAAAAACAUGGCUGAAGAGACAGGACUCUGACACUGCCUGCCAUCAUCCCAAACACAACUGAGUGUCCUUGGUCUUUUGCUGCAGAAGACUGUAUCACCCACAAUCCUUUACUUCUACUCCAAACAAGCAAACAACGUGAAGAAAAAUGAACAAUGACCUUAACAGAACUGGAUUAGACGACAAACAAAACUCCUUCCAUCAAUCUGUACUCUUCAUCUCUCUUCUCUGGCUUAGGUGUGUCCAUACGGGGAAUCAAAAGGGAUCUGGAUUUUAGACAGCUACUGUAUCCUGUGUGACAAAUAUCACUACAAAAAAGGCAGUAGACGCAGAAUGGCUGCCUCAUGUAGUUUGAAUGACACGCUUAAACUUAACUGUGCCACAUGUGACACACUUAACGCUGUCAAAAAGUUUUUCAGAUCAGAAACUGAACAUUGUCUUUUUCUGUUCUUUCAGAUUUCACCGCCUCCAUAAAGAAGUUUUACCUUGAAUAGUUUGUGGCUUACCACAUGCCAUUUUUUUUCUAAAUGGAGAGACAGUUUGUCAGUCUUCUUUUAGUUUUCUUUUUAUUUUGACAAGAGGACAGAAUCCUUUCAGGGGUGAGGUUAGACUAAUACCAAGUAGAUGUUAUGGUAUAUUGAAACAUGUAAACGUGUAAAAAAAAAUGGUCCAUGGAAUCAACGGGGCUAAAAAUAAAUUGAUGCUCUAAUGGUUUUAAUAUCUGUGUUUUUAAACGCCUGUUAACCGCUAUUGAGUACAUGUGUCAGUAUUAUAUGAAAUGAAUAAAACCUUUCAAAAGAAAA